AAAAAGUACAACGCGCAUGGGAUCGCCGGUGCAGCCGACGGAAGUGCCCACCGCCGCUGCACCGAGUCGCACAGGGGCUGUAGGCGCCGUUAUCUGGCUCUUGUUUGGCGCAAGUGGCAGCCUCUACUACGUCGCCUUGUUGCAGCCGACGCUGGCCAACGAUUUGUGGUGGUCACACUUCAACGCGUCGGGCUACCAAACGCUGCUUGUCGACGUGGUCAACCAGCUGCUUUUGUCGCCACACCUCGGGCGCGUGCAGUUGGCCGCCGCAUCGAUCCUCGAGACGCGCUACGAUCGCCGAAUUGCGACACCGGUCUCGCACCCUACGUACACAAUGGCGCUCGUGACGACGCGCCUCGACGCGAUCGAGUAUGGUAUCUUGCAGCUGCGCAACACUUCGUGGUGGACGCUCGCGUGGCUGCCGACCCAAUACUGCUACGUCGACUUUGAGAGGCGGUGGGCCAUGGCCCACACGGCGCGCCGCCAAAUGCGCUGCGAUACACAGUUUGCAAGCAAUGGGGCCGUGUACCUUGAAGCGGUCUUGCGCAAUACGAAUGCAGUCGCGUUCACCGCGUUUUACGCCGGUAAAUUCGAUGUCGGCAUCACAGAGUACCUCGCCACGUCCGAGGCGGGCGCGUCGUGGAUCGCGACAACGACAACGACAAGUGCAUCCAGUCAAGCGCCGCUCGCCACGGAAGCGAGCUACUGGCGCUCCCAUAAUCUCACGUCGUUCGCCUUGCAGUGGCAGAAUUUUGUGCUCCCGGGUAUUGACGAGACCAUGACGCUAACCACCGCGCUCGGCCUCGACCAUGUCAUUGCGCUCAAAGCCUACGCGCGCCGCGACGGGCCGUGGAGUAGCGCGAUCUACAAUGGCUUCUUCGUCACCGACCUCGGGUGGGGCGCGGCGGCGUGCAACCGCAGCUUGAUCCGAAGGUCGCCCACCUUUUUUCUAACUGCGCCGUGCCCUCGACUGGGGUCCCCACCGUUGGAAGGCAUCGUGGGGGUGCCGAUGGCCAACGGCGAGUUUACCGACCAAGCACAUUUGAUGCGAAACGCGCUUGGACCAUUCCUCUCCGUGGACCUCUACGUUGUCCCUGUACCGCUCGAGCUCCACGCGCUAAGCGAGGCAUUUCGAGUCGCGCUGGUCGCGACGAUUGCGAGUGCAAGUUGGGUCCAUGCGCUGGACCUCAGCGCCGGUUUCUUCCUCGAGGUCGACCUCGCGCCCUUGGCGUGGCGAGCUGCGGAUCGCGUCUACUACGGCGGCAACCCGACGUGUCUUUGGAACAACCCAAAGCCGUUUGUGCAACCGCCCUUGACACAUAUGGACGACUGCAGUGUGCAGCGACCUUGGUCCGCGGCGCUGUCGCCCGAGCUCGUGCUCUUUGGACUGAGUGCAAUGGACAAAGUAGACACACGUACCAUCGACGACAUUUGCGCGCACCAGACGGCUCAACCGGUCUGCAUCAGCGUCCUUACGGCGGCGGCACCCCUGGCUAUGCGCUCGAUCGUGCAUGACGCACUGCCAUCGAUCGUGAUGCCGCUCAACGUCUCGGUGUUGCAGCUCGCUUCGGACGCAAGCGCAAGCAACUGGACCCUGUUGCACCAGCGAUUGGCGUCCUGGGAAUUCUUUGGACCGCUUUUGCUCUUGCAGUGGGCCCAAGGCCUCCGAGAGGUCGUCGCCUUUGCCGGCGACAACGGAACUCUGGUGCUUCUCUCGGACAUUCCGUUGCCCAGCGCACUCCAUGCCAACACGUCGGCGUUGAGCGCGGCGAGUCGCGUACUGCUGCUCCUGAUAGUCUACUCGGCGGCGGUGCUUGGCGCCAUCGCGCUUCUUUUGAUUGUCCAUAUUCUCCAUGUUCGAGGGCGAUGCUCAAGCCAAAAUCUUCUCUUCUUUCAUCGCGUGGCGGGCUCCACGUGGCUCGGCCGGCCGCUCAUGUUUCUUCGGGGAUCGGUCGCGCUCGUGCUUCUCGCUACGGCGCCGAUUGGCGUUCAUCGUGACGCCGUGCGCGUCACGACGUCCUUAGUGUUGCCCGCGCGGUCCAUCGUCGACAUUGCGAUCCUCUCGAGCGAGGCCAACUGGGUGGCGUAUGUGUGUUACGAGCUGUUGCUGCCGCUACACGCUCGCCCAUCGCGCGUACCUGCCGUCAUGAGCUCCAUGGUCCUGUGGUGUCUUUGCUUUGGCUGGACACUAGCAUCCCCCGUGGCCGUUGAAGCCACGCUAAUGCGGGAGUGCAGUGCCAUCAACAUGUAUCAGGAGGUGCUUUGUACCAGUGCUACCGUCGUUCUUGGCUCCACACUGCGCGUGCUCGGGCUCUUUGGCGCUCAACUCAUUGGAGUCGUUGCCGCCGUCCUCUGUUCUGGCCGAUGGUCAAUGCCAUCGCUGGCCGCGUACGAGCCGCCGGUCAUGAUCUCGGGGGCGGGACAGGCGUUCUUAGCGCCGGCGCCCCCCGAUGUUGUUGCAGGCGUCCUCUGCGGCCUUGUGCCUCUACGUCGCAACACAGUGUUUGACAUCAAACUCUGGACGAUCUCGUCAGCGUCGUCAGCGUCGUCCACCGACGCGACGGACGACCGACUGCGAUCGCGCGCGCCGUCCGCGACCCUUGUGCCCGUGCAAGCGUCGUCGUGGAAGGUGAACCUGCUGCUCAAGUUGCUCGGCGUCGCCGCCAUUGCGCUCGACCUCUGCGGCAGUGUCUCGUACCUAGCGCUGACAAAAGAGAGCAUGCCCAACGACCUUCUCUGGCCGCGCUUCAACAUCUCGGGCACGCAUGCGUUUCUGGCCCAAUGGUUUGUCGACGAAGGCGCACUCGGCACCUCCGAGCACGCGUUGGACAAUAUUGUCAUCAAUGCGCGUGGCGACUUUUCGACACCGAUCGCUUCGCUUCCAGUGCUUCCGCAAGGCGGCGCGCGGGCGCAAUAUACAACCCUAACCUCGCUCUCGGAUGCCAUUGCGGGCCUCCGACUUGUGGACGGCUGUGAUGGUCCGUACGUCUUUACGCAGUACUGCUACCUCGACUUGGAUCAAAAAUGGGAAAUGGCCAACUCGAUCAAGCGCCAAGAACGAUGCAAGUCGAUGGUCAACAAUGGCGCGGUCUUUCUCGCUUCUCUGCUUCGGAACGUCGAUGUCACAGCGUGCUGGGCCGAGUCGUUUGAGAUUGGGUUUGGCUCCGAGCUACGGCAGUCGUUAGCCGGUCAAGCUCUGUUAGCUUCUUUUACGCCUCCGUACCUCUCGAUCGACGACGAAGUGUCUUAUUGGACGCAAAAAGAUAUCAAGUCGUAUACACUGCAGUGGCAAAACUACAAGUCGAUCGGUCUCGUCAACACGUACAAUAUUGUCAAUGCCUACGGCGCCUCGUAUCCGUUCACGCUGCAGUCGACCGCGGGGUACUACCGCUUGGCGAGCCAGACGUCGUUCCUCAUGUACUGGGGCCUCGCCAACGACCUCGGGUACCUCCUCCCCAAUAUGUCCAUCAUCGGAAGCUACAGUCUCUUGCGGUCGAGCCACCGAUUUGCCUUUCGAAACCACUCGCUUUCAGAUGUGUAUAUGACGACCGGGCUUCUUGACCCGACAAUGCCAGGCAUAGAGCACGCGUUGACAAGCUCGAUUGGUCCGUAUGGGACAGUUGACAUGUACUUCGAGCCGGUGCCGGAGCUCGUCCGGCGUGGGGCCCACGCCGCGUACAAUGUACUGCGCACCUUGCGCGUACUAGCACCCGCUAGCUACGACGACGUCAACAACCCCCCGUACGAGGUGUCGCCAGUCCCACUGGCGUGGCUGGACAUGAAUUUUCGCGCCGUGGGCGGCUCGGUGCUCUGCCCUCCGUCGCUCGGUUAUGCGGCGCCAAUUUCCAUGCAUAUGUACGAGGCCUUUACGUUCGAAGCACCGUGCUCCACACUGUUGGCCUCGACGUCGUUUGCUCCGACGGCGGACCAGCACCUCUUUGCCUACAUGUUUACCGCAAGGACGACGACCAACGAUCUACCGUCGCUCUGUGCUCAAGCAGGAACGCAAGAGUGGUCGUGCAACGCGACUGUGUCCCGCGUAGCAGAGUUUCUCGCGCCUUUUGCGAACCUUGUGGAGAAUCUCACGAGCCUCUACCGCGACGAUAUGGUCACGGCCAUGUCCCGUCUCGGUGUUGAGCUCUUUCAGUUUGGCAAGGCGUCGUACCAAGCCCCAAUCUCGACCUACUAUUUUCCAAUCUUGGACCCGCCGUUCGACUACUUUGGGUGGCUCUGGAUCGACGACUGGGUCCGAGGCCAGCGCGACGUCGUCACGUUUCUCGGGGAUGCCGGGCGUCGCACCAUGAUCGGGGGGCUGCUGCAAGCGUCGUCCCAGCCCGUCGAUCCCGCCGAAUUGCCAACGGUCUUUGCGUUGUACGCGCGCCGCGGUGUGCAGUACGUGACGCUUAUCAUGCUCUCGUUGGCGAGUAUUGUCUUGUUGUACACAAUGGUAUUGCGCGGCGCCAUGGAGGGCCGGAACCUCUUCAAGCUCAGCCGCGUCGGUGGCUUUGUCUGGGUCGGACGGCCCCUCAUUGGCCUGCGGAGCGUCACGGCCCUCUGCCUUCUCUCGCGCGGCACCGUCGCUUUGACCCGCGACGGGCAUUUCACAGCAUUUGCGCCAGUCCACGUUCCUUGGUAUGCGACGGUCCUUGCUGCGAACGAAGUCACGUGGCUGUUGAGCCUCGUCAACGAUCUCGAUCUGCUCUUCACCCGUGGCACCAGCGCCACGUACGCGACGAUCGAGAUGCUCGUGGUGUGGAGCUGCACCGCGUGCUUGACGGUCUAUGCCCCGAUCCGCCCGACGAUUGCCGUCCACCCGAUCUGUACGCCGGUCGAGCUCGACUUUCAAGUGAGCUGCGUCGCUGGCACCGUGCACGCGGGCUCGUGGACCCGUCUUCUAGUCUUGGUCGGCCUCGUCGUGGGGCUGCAUGGCGUUGGUGGUACGCUCUGGCGAAGACGGUGGCCACCACCAGUGCAAUAUCGCAGUCGGUCCCGCUUGCUCGCCGGCGGCGCGAAAUGGCUCUUUCACCACGGGCCGUGGCAGGUCGACCGCGUGUACUACUUGGACCGUGCGUCGGCGGCGCUCAAUGGGCUCCUUAGCGCUCGCGCCGGCAACGUCUUUUUUGUGCUGGACGUCAAAACGUGGCGACUCUUGCAGCUGGGUCCUUGUGCCCGCGAGGAUGAUGGCGGGUUCGCCAAGGCACUGCCGCUCGUCGACGACUGAGUUUGGGUCCUAAACACAGCGCAUAUGCACCAAAACGUCAAGCGACCACCAACGUUAACGAAGGAGAGACUAGUGUGCCACGUUCCAUACAUGGGUGUGCGUCAAGAAGGCUGCGAGGCUGCCACGUCAGGAACGAAUUUUAGCCAAUGAGAAGCAAGGAAGUUCAACGUGAGCGUUAAUUUCCAAUCAAAAUGCGACGAAUUCGACCACAUUGC